AGCAGAGGUCGCUGUUGCGUUUAAAAAAACGACGCGAAAAAUGGCAUAAAACGAUUACACUCAGCCUUGUGUUCCAUAUUGAGCACCGUUUAGCCAUGUUCAGGCCGCACACUGAUAUAUGGUGCACUUAUUAAGCAACGGGAAGUCAAAUCCACCCGAAUGAAAUAAGUGUACACAUGCAUAAACAUUUUUGGCUACCGGAAUUUGAUAAAUAAACAAAAUAGUCCGCUAACUACCUCAUUACAAGUUCGUGAUCGCACUUCGAUUUUAUUUUAUUCUUUUGUAAAAUAAACAACAUUGUCGGUUUACACAAUAACGUAGUUAUGUAAGAAAAAAAUGCUGUUUGUGACGAUUACCUUAAAGUAUUUAUUCAUUGACGGUGCUUUAAAUAAAUUACUAAAGUAAUAUUUAGUGGUAUUUUAUAUUUAUAGCAGUGAUUUGUGGCAAUGGAGUGUUAUAUAUUCUUGCCAAUUGUUUUUCAUUAAAUAAUCUACGUGUUUUAAGCGUGUUUUCAAAUCCAUACUGUCCAGAUAGGCCUAAGUUUGGAGCAUUCUACAUUUUUUCCCCUCCCUUCAACAAUUUUUGUAUAAAAGCCACAUUUCAAUGUAAUGUUCCGUUUUCUGUGUUUAUGACUUGGAUAAACCACUAGAAAUGGGCUUUGUCAUGUCAAAGCAUAAUGCUGACCGCAAGAAAACAAACAGUGCCGGUUUAUAAAACAGAUGAAUACACGUCUUUAUUCCGUAUUUGCAUGUGGUUUGAACGGGGUUCCUUUGACAAUAAUACAAAGCGACCAUGGGAAUCGCGUUCUACAAGUCCCUGUGUAUUUCAUUAAGGGACACUAUAUGAUUUUAAAAGCAUGUUCCAUUUUUGAAAUAUGUGCCCAAGUUGUGACAUUCCCAGUACAGUUGAACUGCUUUAAAAUUACACAGACCCUCGCACGUUUCACCUCAUAAAACCUCAUUUCAUGGCACCGAAUUUAUCAUGAUUUCGUUGUAUUGUUUUCAAUAUUGAGUUGUCCUUAAAGUUAAUUUCUGCUCCUUCAAUAUUUAAUUCUAUGCAAACUGUUUUAAAUAAAAAAAAAUCAGCACCUAGUCUGCAACUAACUUUUAAAAGCACGAAGUUUAACCGCAGAUCUGUAAGUAGACCUUAACCCAGCACACCUGCACGUGUAUUCCGUCUUUGGAGCAGGGAGCCGCUCCAUGCCUCCUCGCGUGAGCGCUUUUCCAGAGCCCUCCUCCUACCCACAGCUGGAUCCGCCCAUUUCCACCCGUGCAUGCACAUAAUUGGUCCGCAGAAGUUUCGUUUCUUUCUUUCUACGAUUUUAGUGGACGAAGGACAUGUCAUUAAGCGAAAAAAACGCGUGCUUUGAUUGUUGGAAAUUGAUGCUCCCAAAAACUAAGGAUGAUUACUGUUCAAGCUGGAAAGGAUGCUGUGGGUAAAUACGCAAAACAUUUGCAUGCUUUUGGAACAAGAAAACUUUUAUUGCAGCUGGUCCUCUUAUCUUUCUCAUUUUUCUGUAACAUCCAGACGUCUAAUAAGCAGACAGAAGCUCCGCGGCGGUUGCUGUCUCAAAGAGUGAUUUCAAAGAGUGACCUUGCAUACAGGAAAAUCUGAAAUUCAGAUGCAGAAAUCGGCGGCCGCCUUCGGGAUGCUCGGCCAGCAUGAAGCCCCCGCGUCCGUUCAGCUUCCCGGCCUCAGUUUCUCCGUGUACAGUGUCAAGAGAAGCGGGGAGGGGGCUGCCGAGUCCAGUAGGAACUCCGGCGACAACGGCAGCGCCAAGAGACCCCCUGCUCCGUGUGACAGCUACCCCCAAGCGCGGAAAGCUGCCCGGGCCGCCUUCAUCCAGGACGCGUCGCAAGGUAACGGGGGCAGCCAUCUCUUCUGCCCCGGGAAGAAAGAGGGACCAGAGGUGGGGGCAACAACUGGAGAGUGCGUGCUGGGGGGGCCGGGGCACGCAGGCAGCCAGCCAGGAGAUGCACAUUUUACGGCUGUCUGUGAGCAUGCCACGCCGGACCUCUGUCUCCAUGGCAACCAGCACCAUGACACAAGGUCCUCCGGCUUCCCGGGAGCAUUCCUAGCACUGGGGGUCAGCCGGCCGCUGCAGCACAUCAAACAGGAGCGGUACAAGCCCGCGCUGGGGGUUCCAUCCGGCUCCGAACUCGUCCCCUGCGCUGAGGGGGCGGGGACAGGUGGGGGCCUCGUCCCUUCCAAGGGCACACUGUCAUCCUGCUCGUUUAAUAAUGAAGGCUGCCCCUCCCCUGGGUCUCUGUCCCCCGCCCAUCAGUCGGCGCGGGCUCAGCAUGCCGGCGGCCUGAGGAGGCGGGGCCUGUCGGCGGCCCCGGUCAGUGGCACUGCUACGGAAGGGAUCGAUAUCACCGCCAUCAUCUGCUCGCCGCAGAUGUCCGUGGUGGCGCGCGUCAACGGCCUGAGGACUGGCUCCCCUGGCCACCCGCCCCCACUCAGCCCACGGCCCCGCUCGCCGGCCCCCUGCUUGCUCUCCUUCUGCUCCACCUCCUCUUCCUCAUCCUCCUUGUCGGCGGAGCCCGGCGACCCAGAGCGGAGUCUCAGCGAGGGCCGGGGCCCCAUGCAGCCGCCGCCGCGCCCCCCUCCCCUGGCAGCGGCCGAGCCGGCUGAAGGCCUCGGCUUCCUACGGCCGGACGUGCAGCCGGGGCUCCUGGCGAGCUGCCAGCGUGGCGGCGGCUCCCUGAAACAGGAGCCCAACGAUGAGCUCUCACCGGCAGAAGACGAACUGUAUCUGCCACCGCCGCCCAGCCUCCCCCCGCCAUACCACCUGCACCAGUACUUCAGUCCAGGCAUGGGCUCCCUGCUGCCAGUAUCUGCCGUGCUGCCGGCCAAGGCCCCUGGCCCCGUCGGAGCUCCGGACAGUGAGGAGGACGCCGGCGCCCCUGGGGACCGGCAGGCUUGCCGAUGGAUCGACUGCAGCGCCGCCUACGGCCAGCAGGAGGAGCUGGUGAGGCACAUCGAAAAAGUGCACAUCGACCAGCGCAAGGGCGAGGACUUCACCUGCUUCUGGGCUGGCUGUGUGCGCCGCUACAAGCCGUUCAAUGCCCGCUACAAGCUGCUGAUCCACAUGCGGGUCCACUCCGGGGAGAAGCCCAACAAGUGCAUGUUUGAGGGUUGCAGCAAGGCCUUCUCGCGCUUGGAGAACCUGAAGAUCCACCUGCGAAGCCACACGGGCGAGAAGCCGUACCUCUGCCAGCACCCCGGCUGUCAUAAGGCCUUUAGCAACUCCAGCGACCGUGCUAAGCACCAGCGCACCCACCUGGACACGAAGCCCUAUGCCUGCCAGAUCCCAGGCUGCUCCAAGCGCUACACGGACCCCAGCUCUCUACGGAAGCAUGUGAAGGCUCACUCUGCCAAGGAGCAGCUGGUGCGUAAGAAGCUGCGACCAUGCCCUCACAUGGAGUCGGAGGUCCUCGGCGAGUGCCUGGCCAUGCAUCACCUGCACAGCUCCUGCUCCCCGCAGCACACCCUCAACGGGAAGGCGACCCGCUCUCCGGGCCUGGGCCAGGACGUAUUCACAGCAAUGUAUGCCGGCCCCAGCGGCCCGCACACCGGGGCCACGCCAGCACCGCUCCCGUCCAAUCACAGCUUGGCGUCCACGCAGCCUGGCCUGGAAGCCUGCGUCGGGGGCCCCCACAGCCACCUGCCCCCCCUGUCCGCCGUAGAGAACACCCGCGACGGGCUCGGAACCGCCCUCCUGCCCCCAGGCAUCAGACCUAUCCGCACCCCUGGACCAUCCAUGCUGCCUUUGGACAAACAGACCCCGUCUACUGACCAGCACCACCUUCCCACCCAGCACAAACCCUACACCCACUUCAGCGACCCCUCAGCCCAUGAAGGUUACCAAGGCAGCUUUCACAGUUGCUUCCAUUACGGAGACAGUUACAGAAUGGAACAAUCUGUGAGCGAUGUCCAUUUAUCCGGAGACGGUCACUGCUUUAGCUCCCACCGGCAGAAUGGCUACCCCGUGUCCAUCUCCAGCGGCCCAGCCAGUGGCUUUGGCGUGGUCCGAGAUAUGCAGGAGUUCACCUCCAGCCCAGAGGAGACCAUCUUCUUCCAGGUGGGCGGCUUUGACCGCUGCUUGAACCAGAUCUCCUCAGUCUACACGGAGACGUGAGAGGCAGGAUGUGUUGUGGCAUCCUCUCUGCGUGUCGCCACCCUGCAGUGUAUCUCAUCCUCCUCUUCCAUACCCUCCUCACGCUCCUUACCCUCCUCCUCCUCUUCACGCUCCUCACCACCCUUCUUCUCAUCCUCAUCAUCCCCUUUCUCCUCCCUAUCCUCCGUAUCCUGUUCAUCCUCCUCACCUUCCUCAUUC